AAAGAACGAGAUCGGGAACUGAAAGGACUAACAAGGCCAGAUCAGAUCAAUGACAGUGCUCUCUCUGGCCGGAAAGAAGGCCGUCGUUACCGGCGCCUCGGGCGGCAUCGGUUUCGCCAUCGCGUCGCGGUUCGCCCAAGAGGGCGCCAGCGUUGUGUUGGCGGGCCGGACGAGGGCCAAGCUUGAGCGGUCGCUGGGAGAGCUGCAAAAGCUUGGAGAGCCGCCGGGGUCGGACCGGUCCUCGCAGUUGCACCGCAUCCACUGUUUGGAUGUGGGUGAGAUGAAGGAGUGGGAGGGACUAGUGAAGGAACAUAAGGAGAUUGACUUCCUGGUCAACUGCGCUGGACAGUCGCAACACUCCCUAUUUCUUCGCACCAACGAGGAAGCCGCCCAGUCCCUGCUGUCGACCAACCUGCGCAGCGUCAUCUUCGGGUGCAAGACGGUCGCCAAGCAGAUGGCAGCCCGGCGGGCAGGCGGGUGUAUAGUCAACGUCUCAAGUUUGCUGGCCUACAAGGCAGCCAUCGGCACCUCCAUCUACGCCGCAACCAAAGCGGGCCAACUAGGCCUGACUACUGCUCUCUCUCGGGAGCUAGCCCAGCAUGGUAUCCGCGUCAACGCCGUUGUGCCGGGAUACAUCGACACAGAUAUGACCGAAUCCCUCGCGAAUAAAACCGAACUCGAGAAAAAGAUCCCCUUGGGACGUUUCGGGACCGCGAGCGAAGUCGCCGAUGCCGUCGCCUUUCUCGCCAAAAACGAGUAUGCAAAUAACUGUAUCCUCAACCUGGACGGUGGGUUGAGCGCGGUCUGAGUGGUGGCUGGCGGGCGCACAUUCAUGUUUGGUG